UUUCAAAACAUUUUUGCGCAGAUUACGGUUCCAUGCCUGAUUUUACCUUUAUCAAUUUCCAAACGUUUUACUGAAAGCCGUAUUUAGUAUUUCCAACAAUGAGGUACGGCCAGCUGGUAAUGGGACCCGCUGGUAGUGGCAAGUCCACAUAUUGCGCUACAAUGCAGCGGCACGGUUACGAUGAUAAACGACUCAUCAAGGUGGUCAAUCUGGAUCCAGCAGCUGAGUCCUUUGAUUACCAGCCGUUCAUCGAUAUCCGAGAUCUGAUCCAGCUGGACGAUGCCAUGGAGGAUGAAGAACUCCAUUACGGUCCGAAUGGAGGACUUGUGUUUUGUAUCGAGUACCUACUGGAGAACUCGGAUUGGCUUAGAAACCAGCUUUGUGGAGUUGCGUCGGAUGACGAGGGCGAUGCGGAUGUCGAAGAACCCGAUGAUGAUUACAUUAUAUUCGAUAUGCCUGGUCAAAUUGAACUGUACACACAUUUGAAGGCCGGUCAACAGCUGGCAAAACUGUUGGAAUCGUGGAACUUUCGGCUCUGUUCGAUUUUCCUGAUUGAUUCUCAGUUUAUGAUAGAUGGAUCGAAAUUCUUGUCUGGCACGUUGGCUGCGCUGAGUGUGAUGGUUAACAUGGAAUUACCACACGUGAACAUCCUCAGUAAGAUGGAUUUGCUGAGUAAAACUAGUAAAGGGCAACUUGAUAAGUAUUUGGAACCAGAUCCACACGCCUUGCUGGGUGAAGUUUCCAGUGAAUCUUCCUGGGGUCGUAAGUACCGGAAACUUUCCGAAACAAUUGGGCUUCUGAUAGAAGAUUUCAGUUUGGUACGUUUUACACCAUUAAAUAUUAAUGAUGAGGAAAACAUUGCUGAUUUGUUGCUGAUGAUAGAUAACGUUAUCCAGUACGGAGAGGAUGCAGAUGUGAAAACACGAGACUUUGAUCCUCCAGAGCCUGACGAUCUGGGCGAAGACAGUGAUAAAUACUACCAAGAAUAAGGAAUAAAUUUCUUUCUUAUAACUA